CCCCCCCUCUCCAGGAUGGGGGCCACUGUCUUCGUGCAGCCCCUGGACCUGGUGAAGAACCGGAUGCAGCUGAGUGGGGCCGGGGCAAAGGGGCGUGAGUACCGCACGUCCCUGCACGCCCUGGGCUCCAUCCUGCGCCACGAGGGGCUGCGGGGUGUCUACACAGGGCUGUCAGCAGGGCUCCUGCGCCAGGCCACCUACACCACCACCCGCCUGGGGAUCUACAGCGUCCUGCUCGAGCGUUUCGGGGGCCCCGAUGGGACCCCCCCUCCGUUCCUGGCCAAGGCCGCCAUGGGGAUGACAGCUGGGGCUGCGGGGGCCUUCGUGGGGACCCCUGCCGAGGUCGCUCUGAUCCGCAUGACAGCUGAUGGCAGGCUGCCCCCUGGCGAGCGCCGUGGGUAUCGCAACGUGUUUGAUGCCCUCGUGAGGAUGGCGAGGGAGGAGGGGGUUCUCACACUGUGGAGGGGCUGUAUCCCCACCAUGGCCCGCGCCGUGGUCGUCAAUGCUGCCCAACUUGCCUCCUACUCCCAAUCCAAGCAAUUCCUGCUCGACUCCGGGCAUUUCCGUGACGACAUCCUGUGCCACUUCUGCGCCAGCAUGAUCAGCGGGCUGGUGACCACGGCCGCCUCCAUGCCCGUCGACAUCGUCAAGACCCGGAUCCAGAACAUGCGGACUAUCGAUGGGAAACCCGAGUACCGCAACGGGCUGGACGUGCUGGUGAAGGUGGUGCGGUACGAGGGGUUCUUCAGCCUCUGGAAGGGCUUCACCCCCUACUACGCCCGCCUGGGCCCCCACACCGUGCUCACCUUCAUCUUCCUGGAGCAGAUGAACAAGUGGUACCAGCGGCUCUUCCUCAGUGCCUGACCCCCACUCUGGGGGGGAGGUCAGGGGGAUCUGAUCCCAUUCUGGGGGCUCUAUAGGGGCAUCUGACC